GCCCCGCUUGCGGUCGCCACGGCUAAUCCGGACACUUGGGCGCGGCUAAUUAGAAUACUGGCUGGGUCCGCCCAAAUGCCUUCACCCUGUGGCCUCUGACCCGGGAGGAUCCGCUGCUGGGCGGCUGAGUCUUCGCCGCUGAAUCUCGGGGGGCAGAACUGACGAGGGCUGCCUGCCCCACUCCGUCAUGGAGACCGCCGGCACCCCUGAGGCUCCGGGGACAGCUACACCUCAGGAUCACUCCUUCCUGGACCUCAUCUGUGACACUACUUUCCUUGCAGGCAAGUACAUUGCCUCAACACAGAGACCCGACGGGACUUGGCGCAAGCAGCGGAGGGUCAAAGAAGGAUACGUGCCCCAAGAGGAGGUCCCAGUCUACGAAAAUAAGUACGUGAAGUUUUUCAAGAGUAAACCAGAACUUCCUCCAGGCCUGAGCCCCGAGGCCACUACACCCGUCACCCCGUCCAGACCUGAAGGUGCAGAAGUAGGCCUCUCCAAAACAGCCAAACGCAACCUGAAGCGAAAGGAGAAAAGGAGGCAACAGCAGAAGGAGGGAGAGGCCUUGAGCCGGACUCUUGAAAAGGUAUCUCUGGGAGACACAGCCCAAACGCCCAGUGCCCUCCAAGGCUCCCAGGGUGCCCCUCCAGCUGCCUCCGAUGCCUCCGACUCUGCCGCCACCACAGAGAAAGCCAAGAAGAUGAAGAACCUGCGGAAGAAGCUGCGGCAGGUGGAAGAGCUGCAGCAGCGCAUCCAGGCCGGCCAGGUCAGCCAGCCCAGCAGAGAGCAGCUGGAGAAGCUGGCCCGGAGGAGGGCUUUGGAGGAGGAGCUGGAGGACUUGGAGCUGGGCCUGUGAGGCUUUGGGAGUAGGGAGUGACUGCGGAAUAAACCAUGGGGUGCUCUGGGGUCCAGGGAGUGUGGGCCGCAGCAGUCAGGAGGGGCACUCCCAUACUGACUCACUUCCACCUGUGGCCAACUCCGUCCUCCAGAGCCCUAGGCUCUCCGUUCCUUCCCCCCACCCGUUCCCAGUGUUCAAAUUCUCAGUGAUGACCCUAGGUACUUCUGCUGCUGAUCUGGGUGUCUUGUUGAAAAGAAAACCGGGGGGUGGGAGUUUGUUAGAGAUCUGAGGCUGAGGUACAGGAGUACCCCAAGUCUUAGAGUCUUCGUUCCUGUUCACAGUGUUUAUGAGUUACUCCCCUGGCCAUCCCGAAACCACCUCCUCUCUCUUUUUUUUUUUUUUUUUUUUUUUUUUUUUUUUAAAGAAAGUAAGAAUAAA